AUGCUUUUGCCUUCCGCCCUUCCUUGCGAGUUUCUCGCGCCUUCGUUGGCGCGUUCUUCGGUCAUCGUCGCGCCUCCAUCUUACCGUUCACCACCUGUUGAGGAGACGGGAAUCGUGUCGGCGACUACCACUGGCUUGAUGUCGACGUGUCGGAGACUCCAGCAGAUCCUCUCGGGCGGCGACAGGCAAUCACCUGCGCCCGAACCCCCACGGACACCGGUCCGACGCGCUACUUCGUCGCGAGUAUUGUCCGCUCCACCCCCACCACCGACACUACCAAAGGCACCGGUACUUGUUGCACGUUUGUCGAACAAGCGCACGCGUUCGGCUGCCUUCGACUCAUCACCCAUGGACGAGGAGAGCGACAACUCGGACAAAGAUUUCAACCGCCGAACCGACCGCUUCGCGACCCCGCCGCCGCGUAAACGUGUGCGCCCGACCACACCUCCUCCCGCACCCAACCGUGGCGUGCGAGGGCUGCUGGCCGACAACGACGACGACGAGUAUAUGAGCUGGACUUCGGACGACGACCGGCAGCUCGUGGAAUUAGUGCUUGGAAAGCUGCAGCUCAGCAAGAACGAUUGGGAGGAGUGUGCGCGCUCGCUCGGGAAGGGGGACGGCCACAGCGUUGGAAAGCGGUGGGAGAGUCUGCUCGGAAACAUCUCGCUCAAGGACAGGCGGAAGCGCAUCGGUCGUCACAACCUUUACUCGCACCGCAGGAUCCUGCCCAGGAACUGAUUUCGCGUUCUCGUUUCCACUUCCACUUCACAUUCAUUUUUCAACUAUUCUUUUUUUCCUAUGGCUUUGUUCAACUGCACAUUCUUCUGUAUUCCUCCUUUCUCAUGAUAUCCUGUGAAGCCUUUGACGAAUAGCAUUCGGCUUCCGCUUUUGCUGUACAUUUUUCUCUAUCCUUUCCUUUUUUGUUUAUUUAUCCACAUGCUGUUUCUGGCGGGGUGAUUCGGGGCGGGAGCGGGA